AUUUUUGUUUGACUAGUGCAGUUUACGACUACGUAAUAGUAUAUAUACUCACAUAAGCAUAAAUGUCGUUCACAAGUCAAACUCCCACAAUUGUCGUCCUUAAAGAAGGAACCGAUACUUCUCAGGGUAAAGGUGCCAUCAUUUCCAACAUCAAUGCCUGCCUUGCUAUCCAAGACACCUUGAGACCAACGUUAGGUCCAUUCGGCUCCGACAUCCUCAUUGUAUCUUCCAACGGUAAAACUACCAUCUCGAAUGAUGGUGCCACCAUUUUGAAACUUUUGGAUAUCGUCCAUCCAGCAGCUAAGAUGCUAGUUGAUAUAUCACGUGCCCAAGACGCUGAAGUAGGUGAUGGAACAACAUCUGUAACAAUCUUGGCUGGAGAGUUGCUCAAAGAAGCCAAAUCAUUCAUAGAAGAUGGUGUGUCCUCGCAUUUGAUCACCAAAGGUUUGAGAAAAGCCUGUGAGUUGGCCGUAGAAAAAAUCAACGAGCUUGCUGUGGAUGUAAAGAGAGAAAAUGAUGAGCAGUUCCGUCAGUUGUUGGAAAAGUGUGCCACAACUGCCAUGUCUUCCAAGUUGAUUAGUAAUAAUUCGACUUUCUUCACCAAGAUGGUCGUGGAUGCUGUUUUGAGUUUAGAUCAAGAAGACUUGGAUGAGAAGUUGAUUGGAAUUAAGAAGGUUCCAGGUGGAAGCAUGGAGGACUCUCUUUUUGUAGACGGUGUAGCCUUCAAAAAGACCUUCUCGUAUGCUGGCUUUGAACAACAACCUAAAAAGUUCAGCAACCCCAAGAUUGUCAACUUGAACGUAGAGUUGGAGUUGAAGGCCGAGAAAGACAAUGCUGAAGUACGUGUCCAAGAAGUCAAGGAUUACCAAGCUAUUGUAGAUGCCGAAUGGCAGAUCAUAUUCAACAAGUUGGAAGCCAUAGCUGCCACUGGUGCCAACAUAGUUUUGUCCAAGUUGCCUAUUGGUGAUUUGGCUACCCAAUUCUUUGCUGACAGAAACAUAUUCUGUGCUGGAAGAGUUUCUAGUGAAGACAUGGGCAGAGUGAUCAAGGCGGUAGGAGGUAACAUCCAGUCGACCUGUUCCAACAUUUUGCCAGAAGACUUGGGUACCUGUGAAAGAUUUGAAGAAGUUCAGAUCGGUUCCGAGAGAUUCAAUAUUUUCCAGGGUUGUCCUCAAACCAAGACAUGUACAUUAGUAUUAAGAGGAGGAGCCGAGCAGGUCAUUGCUGAGGUGGAGAGAUCCUUACACGAUGCCAUUAUGAUUGUCAAGAGAGCCGUCAGCCACAGCAGUGUCGUUGCUGGAGGUGGUGCCAUCGAGAUGGAGUUGUCUAAAUACUUAAGGGACUACGCCAAAACCGUUCCAGGAAAACAACAGUUGAUUAUCGCCGCUUUUGCCAAAGCUUUGGAAAUCAUUCCUAGACAGUUGUGUGAAAAUGCAGGGUUAGAUGGCAUUGAGCUCUUGAACAAGCUCAGAAGUGCCCACGCUAAGGGCGAAAUCUGGUACGGAAUAGAUUUCCAGAAGGAGUCUGUAGGGAACAACAUGAAGAGUUUCAUAUGGGAGCCAGCAUUGGUCAAAUUGAAUGCGAUUCAAUCUGCUACUGAGGCCGCCACGUUGUUGUUGUCUGUAGACGAGACCAUCUCCAAUAACUCCGACGAAGGAGCUGCUGGUGGCAGAGGUAGAGGUGCUUACUGAGGGAAUACUAGGUAGACUUGUAUAGACAAAGAAAAUACCCGAUGUAGG